GUAAUGUUAUAGCGCUAUUUAGGCGGUCUAAUCCGUAAUUGACGCUACCGACUUCGGAGUUCUUUUUCUAGCCAGGUCGCUGGUUAGGGAUGACUGACCUCGAUCUUUAUAGUGAAAUUGUAGCUGAAGAUGAUGAAAAAAGACUGGAAUAUCUGUGCAGUUUCGAUGUGGUAUCAAAGUUUUCAUGAAAUUUGUUUUACUGAUUUUUAUAAAUUUUUCGGACUGUUACUUUGAUUCGUUAUAUCUAGUUUUAAGGCAGCAAGACGCCGCAAGCAUCAGUUCCAGUCUCAAGUUUACUUAAGUAUCAUGGGGCCAACUUGUUUCGACCGUUCUCAUGAUCAGCGUGAAAUUAGACAUUGUUUUACAUUAAAAGAUUUCUUAUUGAGAAACGGCUGAACCAGAAAUAAUUUAAGGUAGUUUGUCGAAAAUCGUUUGAUAUCGUCGUGUCUUACAAAUAAGUCACAUUUUGUGUGGCAAGGAGCGUGUAGGCAGUUAUCAAAUUACAGUCCUUAGAUCAUACCUGAUUAAAUGAUUUCAAAUGGUUGUGGUCGAAAUAGAAGCAACUUUCGCUUAACAGGCUUCCGUGUCUAGUAGCAGGGGAUCACCAAUGCCUCCAGGCAGGAACCUAGGUAUAUUAACUAUAAUAGAUCAGAAAAAAAGAAAUUGGUAACUCAUGAUAAAAUAAUAUCCUUAGUCUUUAAGAAUAGGUCAAGUUUCCUCUUCAAGGACUCCUGGAAAGUCGCUUGGAAUAGUUCAGUCGGCAGCGAAUUCCAGCAUUUGACAACUCUUAAGGAGCAGAAGUUGUGUCUACAGUCCAUUCUGCUGUGUUGUAUCUCCACUUUCCUGGUGUUACCCCAUAGGUUUGUAUUGGGACUAAGCUUAAUUAGGUGUUUAAGGGGAUGUCCAGGAGUGCUAAGGGUACUGUAAGCCAUCAGAAGGUCACCUUUAAGACGCCUAUACUCUAAUGGGUAGAGGUUAAGUGAUUGGAGGCGCUCUUCAUAAGGUUUGAAUGAGUCCCCGAACUAAUUUUGUGGCUCGCCGUUGGAUAGGCUCCAGAAUGUCCCUAUCCUUUUGGAGGGGAGAGAAAUACUAUGUUUCCGUACUCUAAAUGGGGACGAAUAAAACUGUUGAAGAUUAUGUGGAAAGUUCUUCCGUCACACUGGCCGAAAAUGCGCUUUAACGUUACCAGUGCAAGGUUUGCUCGAAAGGCAUUUUUGUCACGGCUAGCGUAAGACUUCAAAUCACAGGGUAUCAGGACUCCUAAAUUUUCUUCGACUCGAGAUACUACUAGGGAGGAGUUUCUUAAGUUGUAACUAGUCUGAGACUUGUCUCAGAUGGACUACUUUACACUUUGAAAGUGUUAAAGGUAAGUCCGUUGUCGUCUGCCAAACUUUGAAGUCGAGUCAGAUCCUCCUGAAUUGUCUGUAUAUCGUCUUGGUUGCGUAUCUCUUUCAAAAGUAACACGUCAUCAGAAAAACGUAAUAAGUCCGACGAUACCUGUUAUGGAAGAUUGUUUAUAUAAAUGAAGAAGAGAGGAGGUCCUAGUACUGAACUCUGAGGGACCUCACUAGAAUAUUCCAUAGCCUGAGAUAAAGUGAAGUUAACCUCGACCUUAAAAUGUCGGCUUUUUUAGAUAUGAAGUGAGCCAAUCAAUUAGAGGUGGUCUGAUACCCAAUUAUUUGAGCUUAUGGAUAAGACAUAUAUGGUCAACCCUUUCAAAAGCUUUUGAGAAAUCAAGGUAAAUGAUGUCAACCCUCCCCUUGCGAUCAAAGAUGCUUGCACAUCUGUCCAUUGCAGUUAACAGUUUGGUUAUACAAGAGCAACCCUUCCUGAAACCAUGUUUUUGGGGUAAGAAAUUUAAGGACAGUAAAUAGUCAUGUAUACCAUCGCAUAUCAGGGACUCCAUGAUUUUUGAAGGAAAAUAUUCAGAAUUUGUCAUGGUUGUUGUUAUCGCUUUGGUUACAUAGUUUUCUUGUUACAGGCUAAGAACUUAAAGUUGAUGUCGUCUUUCUUUCUUAAAGCCCGAACAUGUACGUUCUCUCCAAUCCCAAUCUUCAUUAUUGGAAGCGGAAGUUGAGGCACUGAAUGCACACGUCAGUCGUCUGGAAAAAGAACGCUUGGUUUUAAUUGCUAAAAAAGAUCAAAUUACAGACAACUUCUUCCGCUUGGGACUUGCUUGUCGCAGAGAGAUAGAGAAGCUAAAGUCACAAAUCAAAUUACUUUGCACGAAAUAUAGGGUUCCGGAGCCAAAAGCGGUUAGCCAAAAGAAUUUGAAUUGUGAUACCCAAAUAAACCCCGAGAAGCAGAAUUACUACACGGAUCUAGUAGCAUAUUUACAUUCUGAUCGUCCACCUAUCAAUAUAUACUCUGGUAACAAUAUGCCGAAUAGGAAUCUUAAUGUUGUUUCAAAGUGCGAUGCAGUUACACAGACUGAACAUGUUAAAAAAUAUAAUUCACAUUCAUCUGGGUCUUCUUUCGGUUCACAGUCAUCACGUUCAGUGUCUUCAAGCUCAUCAUCAUCAUCUACGUCAUCUUCCAGUUCUACUAGUCAGGACCAACCUACGUCUCAAACUGGUUUAAUGAAUAAUGGACUCUCACAUAGCUUUCUAGACCCAUCUGUAGAUGGUAAAUCGUUACUAUCCCAUUCACUAUCUGUAGUUGAUGUGGGUGGAAAGAAUCUAGAGAAUUGUGGAUGCCGUGACUCAGUUAAACAUGGAGUGUAUGAGAAAUCCUGUGAACUCAAGCAAAAUAGUGCUUUAUCUGGAAGUUCACGUGUCAAUAAACGGCUAAAUCGCUCUAAUAAGAAAUCCGGAGAUAAAAGUAUACCAGCUUAUAAUGCGGAUAAACAACUUCCUAUUGCUGACGAAUGUAGGCGCAAAUAUACUAAAACAAUUCAUGGGCAGUUCUUUUCUAAAUCUCAUUGCUUUCAUCAAAGGAAACAAAAAGAUGAUGAAGUUGCAAGUAAUCCAGGAAGAAAAACAGACACAUCAUCAGAAAGCAGAAUUUUAUCAAUGCGAGGAGUCAGAAAAUUUUCAUCGCCACUAAACAAUAGUAUAAACAAACACCCUUCUGUUCGAAGUUCUACUUCAAAGGACUUUAGAAUGGUUCAACAUGUUUCUCCUUCCUUACCUAGACUCACUCAAAGUACUGGUCCAGAUUCAUCUUCCAGAGGUCAUGUUCCAAAUCAUCUCCUGAAAGCUGUAGAAGGCGCCAUACGAUUAUCUCGAGAUCACCAUGCAGUUCGCAGACAACAUAAUGCAGCCAAUUCUAUCCACCGUGAUCGAUAUUCAAAACACUUACACCGUAACUAUCAAACUCAUACUGAAAUAUCUCGUUUGGAAAGUGGUGAUUGCUCAAGCGAACCCGAAAAACGAACUAGGGAAGCUAGCUGUACGCUGUUCACAAGACGUCUACGUUGUAAAGGUGAUAGUACAAAUAUGAUCGUCGAGUCAACCUCUCGAGAACCGAAUGAUUCAGGUCACAAACCAGAUAAAGAAAGUGAUCAGUUAACUUCUAAUGAGAAUUCUACACCUAAUGCUUUAAUUCCUGAUUCAUCAAACACUGUUGGUGAUAUUCACCUCCUUAGAGAUUAUUCGGCUCAGGAAAUCGUCCAUGACUCUAAUGAACAUGUAACAAACUCUAUCAACCCGUCUGAUCAAUCUUCAAAUCAGUUCUUGUCAAAAAACGCUUCAUUCUCCUCUGUAGAAAACAAAAUUGGCGAAUUAGUUAUUCCAGAAGUUUUGGGACUUACUCCACCUAUUUCUCAUGACCAGGACUGUGUUGAAGAUAAAACUGCUUCACCUCUCACCAGAAAAAUACCGAUUCACCCAGAAGAUUCAUUCGCCCAUACUAGUAGCAAUAACAGCCGGUCACUCUGUACAAGUUGCCAUUCACAUUCUAGAUCGGACCAUUCUUUAACAGAGUCAGACCACUCUGAAACCUGUGGUGGAGGAAUAGAAAACCAAGAAGAGGGUGAAGUUGCUGAUGACGUAGACGAUGACGAUGACACUGAGGUGUUCAAUUCUUCACCUUAUGCAGCUCAUACACGCAAAAGAUGUUGGUCUCGUCCAUCACCUACCAGUUGUAAAACUCCAAAAAUUUCCUCAGAUUUACAUGUUAUUGAGUCCACAAACGUUUCGAUCUCUGAAAAUUCAAAAAAUAUUUCACCAUACCCAAAUAUUGAGCAGCGGAGAUGGAGUAGAUGUUCACAACACUAUGAAAAAGACGGUUCCAGGAACUCUAGUUCUGGUUUUAUGGAUUUGACUUUACGAGCAUCUCCCGGAUACGAAGACCAACACCCCUCCAAUCCAAAUAAUUCAAGAUUUUCCCAUUCACCAGAAAGUCAUCGGAAUCAUGGGUCACAAUAUCCCUCAUCCAUUUCCAGAUCACCUUCAUUAAGAAAUUCUCGUAAUGAACAAUAUCGUCAUCAUCCUAAUCGGUCAUCUAACUCAGCUUCUAAAUAUCAUCCUUGUCAGCGUCAUUACAAAUCCCCAGAGAGGAGUGCUCGAGAUUUCACCUCUGGAAAGCACAAUAAAUCAUCUGUUUCAUCAAAUCAGCCAAAAAGACGUACUCACCAUUCUCCAGUACCACUAAAUAAUCCUAAUUCAUCUUUCCGCCGAUUUGAACGUGAACGAAUAAAUCUUCACAGCAGACGGUUUCGCGCUUUAUCUCCGGUGAUAAAUAGGAAUGCUUAUAGAAGAAUUGGCAUUAAUUCAUUAAAAGUGUCUGGUCCACGUUUCAACCGUACUCAUCACCAAAGAAGAUUUUAACCAUAUAUGAAAAUUAUUGUACAGCUUCAAAUCUCACGUCCCUUUUAGAGAAGAAAUCGAAGAACAAAUAUAUUAGCUAUUUUUCCUUUGGAAGUUAUUCUGUCUGUAUUUCCUUAUUUUUGUUAGCUUCUAAUUUUUGGUUGCCUACCAUGUCCUCAGUAAAAAUAAAAGUCUAUAUUAAGCG